GAACUCUUUGGAAGCAUGCUUUGGCUCCGUGUGAAAUGCAUUGGGGCUGCCUCGUGUUGAAAAUUCAUUUACCUGCAACGUACUUAAAGGGAAGCUCUCGUUGGUAUAAGCCACAAACUCGUUGCGAUGGCCAACUUCCCACCAGGUAUCACCUAUCUCACUCAGUGUUUGCCUUACCUUUUAUUUCCUCCCGGAGUGGUGUACACCCUUUUCACCGUCUUCGAAGUAGCGUUACCUAGAUGGGCCCGCGUCAUCUCUUAUGCGCUUAGCUUCCCUUUGGGCCUUACAAUUCAGGUCCAAUACAUGGAUUUUAUCAACAGACGAACUGCAAAGAAACUUGGAGCGGUUAUACCUCCAAGGACUGGCGAUCCAAGCCUGGGUGGCGUGUUAUCGUUGCUAUCUUUGAUCAAGGCGUUAAAAACAGGUUAUCCUGGGGACGGGUUGAGCGACAUUUUCAGCCGUGUUGGGAACACGGUCAACAUGAGAAUUCUCUUCAAGGAUCGGAUCUUCACGACAGAGCCAGAUUAUCUAAAGGCGAUCCUCGCCACGCAGUUUGAUGAAUUCGAGAAAGGACCUACGCUGUGCGAUAAUUUUCAUUCAUUGUUAGGAACUGGCGUUUUUGCCUCCGACGGCGAUAUGUGGAAGUUCCACCGAUCUAUGACGCGGCCGUUCUUCAGCAAGGACAAAAUCAGUCAUUUUGAUAUUUUUGACAGGCACGCUGAUGAUGCGCUCAAGCUCAUGAAGGCCCGCUUCAAGCAAGGGUACCCUGUUGAUUUCCAGGAUCUUGUGGGCCGAUUCACGCUUGAUUCGGCCACGGAAUUUUUGUUCGGGAAGGACGUACGGUCCCUUUCCGCAUCCUUGCCGUACCCGUUCUUCGCUCCACUGUCCCAGUCUGACUCGGAGUCCGCCAGUGAUGAGUUCGCGCGUGCUUUUGGAGAGGCACAGCUGGAGACUGCGCUUCGUACGCGCUUCGCUGGUUACUGGCCGCUUUUUGAAUUCUGGACCGACAAGACAAAAGCGAAGAUGAUCGCUGUGAGAAAGUUUUUGGAUCCUAUACUCGCGAAGGCGGCAGACGGUGCAGGUAAAGAACAGAUCGCAGCGGGUAGGACCAGGGAAGUACAGGAGGGUGAGACUUUACUGGAUCACCUGGUUUGUUACACAGACGACCAGAAUGUUCUUCGAGACGAGAUCAUGAAUCUUGGUGUUGCCGGCCGUGAUACUACUGCUGCCACUUUGACGUUUGUUGUGUACAUGCUUUCGCAGCAUCCUGAUGUCCUUCGUCGUCUUCGCAACGAAAUCCUCGAAAAGGUAGGCAUGACGAACAGACCCACCUACAACGAUUUUCGGGACAUGAGGUAUCUCCGUGCUGUGAUUAAUGAAACACUGCGCUUAUACCCACCGGUACCAUUGAAUGCUAGAGCUUGCAAAAAUGGCGCCGUUUGGCGUCGUAAGACUCCUGGCGGUCAGGACUAUUACAUACCUCCCAAAGCGAGGAUCGUCUAUAGCGUGUUUUUGAUGCAUCGUCGUGAAGACCUUUGGGGUCUUGAUGCCCAUUCGUUUGAUCCGGACCGAUUCCUAGACGAUAGAGUGCAAAAAUAUUUAACUGGAAAUCCAUUUAUAUUUCUGCCAUUCAAUGCUGGUCCGCGAAUAUGUCUAGGUCAACAGUUUGCUUACCAUGAAAUAUCAUUCUUCCUCGUGCGACUACUCCAGAGUUUCGCCGAGAUCAGAUUGAACACGGAAGCGCAACCUGCAGAAUGCCGGCCGCCUGCAAGUUGGAAAGAUGAAAGCGGCACGAAGGCGAGAGAGAAGGUCAUGCUCAAAACCCACCUGACGCUAUACAGCUAUGGCGGCUUAUGGAUCGAUAUGACGGCGUCUACUGUCAGCGCUGUUGACGAGGUUUAACGAACCUGAGUCUUUUAUGUAUUUGAGUAGGUACUCGCAUAUCUGAACAAGAUGUUCAUGGACAAAAGUAA